AUGGCUUCGGAGACAAAGAAAAUCCCAGCUGAGGGAGACGGCAUCCAGCCAGUGACAUCUACCCAAAUUGUCAUUGACGAGGACAAUGUUAAGCAUAUUGUAACUGAUGCAGGAGACGAAGCAGUACAGUUCCUUGCAUCCGUCGGGCCUUUUCCUCCAAUGUCACCAGACCAGGAAAAGAAGCUUGUUCGCAAGAUUGAUCGGUGGAUGAUUCCUAUGCUCCUAUUCUUAGGCUUAUUCGGCGCCGUCGACAAAGUCCAGCUUGCCACCGGGGCGCUCUAUGGUUUUAAAGAAGACAAUCAUCUCAAAGGGCAAGAAUAUAGCUGGCUCGGAAGCAUCCUCUCUAUUGGUAUGCUUGUGGGGAUCUGGCCCUCGACGUAUCUCGUCCAUCGCCUCCCUGCCGGAAAAUACAUCGGUGCUUGCUCUUUCUGUUGGUCUAUCAUGACCUUAUGCAUAGCUGCCUGUCACAACUGGGCAGGCUUGAUGGUUUUGCGAUUCAUGAUGGGAGUGUUUGAGGCCAUCAUCACCCCUGGGCUUACACUUCUGAUCUCAGUAUUCUGGAAGAAGUCUGAGCAGCCCAUUCGCAAUGGCGUAAUCAUGAGUGUUUUCUCGUCGGUAGUCAACGGCUUUUUGUCUUGGGUAGUUGGCAAGAUUCCAUCAGAUGCACCCCUUGCCCGCUGGCAGUACCUCUAUCUCCUCACAGGCUCGAUCAACGUCCUUUACUCGAGUUUCAUGUUAUUUUAUUUGCCAAAUUCGCCAAUCAAUGCCAAGUUCCUCAGUCUGGAGGAAAGAUGGCAUGCAGUGCAGCGCCUUGCGGAUAAUCGAACGGGUAUCGAUAACAAUCAGUGGAACUGGGACCAGGCCUGGGAGGCUGUUUUCGAUCUCAAAAUAUGGAUCAUGUUUCUCUUCAAUAUUGCCAUCAACAUUCCGAAUGGAGGCCUUAUCACAUUUGGCGCUAUCAUCAUCGACAGUCUUGGCUUUGACCCCCAGACCUCGUCACUUUUAUCCAUGCCAAACGGUAUUAUUUCCACCAUAUCAGGUUUCAUUGCUACCUACUAUGCUUCUAAAUGGCAGGGACGUCGAACCUUUGUUGUUAUGAUCGCAACUCUGCCUCCCCUCAUUGGAACAGCCUUGGUGUACGGCGUUCCUAGAUCAUCGACCGGAGUCCAAAUGUUUGGUCUAUACUUGAUGUACUGCUACUGGGGUAAGAAAUCCGUUGAUGUAUUCGGUCUGCAUCCCAUCACUGACAAGCCAAUAGGGCCAUAUGUGACAGCAGUUUCACUCCCUCAGGCGAAUACUGCAGGCAGCACAAAAAAGGUUGUUGCUUACGGUAUUUUGCUCCUCGGUUACAGUGCUGGCAACCUUAUUGGUCCUCAAACAUUCCGAGAUGACCAAGCCCCUGCGUAUACCGGUGGGACUGUAGCAAUGCUCACUUGUUACUGCGUCGCGAUAUUCCUCAUGUGUCUUUACUUCCUGACGGCCCGGUUCCAAAAUCGACGCAAGGACCAAAGAUACGGAAAGCCGGUGCGAGUCGAUACGGAAAAUUUCAGCUCUGUCAUAGAAACAUACCAAAACUUGUCAGACAGGAAGCAGGAGGAUUUCAGAUACAUUUACUGA